ACCUGAACCAACUGAACCGCGUCCAUACAUGUCCAUAUCCGUACACAAGCGACAAGCCCAGCCUUCCGAUCCCACGCCAUACGACCUCCUGUCACUCCUCACUUGUCACUCACCGAAUUGAUGGACUGACCGACUGAUUGGACCCCAUUCGUGUUCCGUCGCCAGCCAACGACAAGCCUGUUCUCGCUCACACACGCGCAAUCCCAACACAUCCCUCCCACUAUUAUACGGUGCUGUCUGCCGCUGCUACAGCACAGCACAGUCAGUACAGCACGCGCUGCCGCUUGAAGCGCUGCACUGACGCCUUGACGCCCUGAAAGCGACAGCCCAGGUCACAGUCACAGUCACAUUCACAAACAGCCAUGUACUCCGCCGGCUACGGCUUUAGCAACAAUGCUGCUCCCUCUUUCAACAACCCUGCCCCACAGCAGCAGUCCGGAGCCCAGCCAGCCGCUCAGCAGAUGAUGUAUAACCAGCAGCAGCAGUUCGCCGGCAUGACGCCUCAAGGAGGCUUUAACCCUGGCGCGAAUCCUCAAAUGAUGGGUGCUGGUCCAGGAGGUACCAUUUCUUCAUUCGCGCGCAAUCUCCGAUCGAAUCUUUCACGACGCGCCUGCUUCCAAUGCUCCUGUAAACAGCUCCAGCCUCUUUAACGAUGUGUGGGCAGCCUGUGGUUGGGCAUCAUUAAGAAGAAGCGCGGCGCAAAACGAUAUGCGACACGGUAAAGCACUCCUCCUUCACACCUGACUAACAGAUUGCGCAUAGUGGCAGGUUUCCAACAGCAGUUCGCUGCUAACCCUUACGGUCAAGUCGUUCCCUCGUCGGUCGCUCCUCAGAAUUUUGCGCCAAAUUAUAUGAUGGGCGGAGGCAUGCAGGGCUUCCCGAUGAACCAACCCGGGAUGCCCCAGAAUCCUCAAAUGAUGCAGCGAUUGCAACAGCAACAGCAAGCGCAGGCUCAAGCGCAGCAGCAACAACAACAGCAACAACAACAGCAGCAACAACAGCAGCAACAACAGCAGCAGCAGCAACAACAACAACAACAACAAGCUGCUAACCCCGCUGGUAUGGGCCAGGUAUCGACCCCUCAAAGACCCCCGAGCGCCGCACAAGGAACACCAAACAAUGCUCUGCCUUCGCAGCAGGGUCAAUUUCCGACUCCUCAGCCUCACUCUCAAAGCCAGACCCCCACGAACCAGCAGCCCCAACAACCACAGUUGCAACAGCAGCAGCAGCAGCAGCAGACUCAACAAGCUCCGACACAGGCGCAAGGGCAGCAGCAGUCCCAACAACCCGUAUCGGCCGGAUUAUCGACACCGCAGACGCCAACCUUCUCUACAAAUCAAGGACCGGCUGCCAAUGGAACUUUAGCAGCGGCUCCGCUGAGCCCCGGUACCGAAUCUCGAGAUAAAGAACGAUUCGCAUUGUUGCUCGAUAUCAACCAUGAGCUUCUCUAUGAAUCUAUACAAAUCCAGGCAACCCAACAAGAGCUGAAGAAGGAGAGCGCUGCAGCUGGAAACCCUGCUGAUAAAAAACCGACAGACGAGGAGACGCAACUACAGCAGGACUAUCUCCAAUGUAUGAGGAGAUUGCAAGCAAACUUGUCGUAUAUGGCCGCACUUGCGGAUCGGAAGCCCGAAGUUAAAGUUCCGCCCUGUCCAGCAUACCUCACUGCCCCUGCCCUGACUCUUUCGCUGAAACUCCGGGCCCCAGCUGUAGGGCCUGAAGGUGCAGACAACAACAUCGACCCGGUCGCUGACCGUGAAGAGCGAAACAAUAGCAUAAGGGACCUGUAUUCAAGGUUACAGGCUGUCUUCCCCGGCAUUGACCCGAAGAGAGAACCAGCUUACCGUAUGAAUACACAAGGCGGCCAGAAGCCUGGAAUGAUGGGAAGCCAGGCCAGCCCGACAACACAAAGGACGCCCAAGAUCACGAAUAUGGGGGCUCCUCCUAUGCCCUGACGUUGACGGCUCAGAUGACCACUGAGUGACACAAAGAACGUGAAGGCGUAGAUAUGUUACAAGACUUUAUAGACACAGAUGGAGUUCUUUUGGGUCAAGUUGACCAGUUCAUCUAACGAAUAUCAUAACACUUUUUCUUCUUUUUUAUGUUAUAAGGACUGGCUUGGUCUUGAGAGCUCGACAAACUGGCAGAUUAGAAGCAAUAUUGCUAUGAGAAUAGCGUUACUUUCGAGGCGGUUCAAAAGGAGAAAUAUAUGUGUAGUUGGUGAUUUUGCUCAGGGCGUUGAGGAGCUUGCUUCAGGAUUGCUAGCAAUGAAAAGCCAAGAGAGUCUUGCCUGUAUACAUGAUUUUACGUUUAUUUUUGGCUACUUUACAUCAAUUUCGCGAACCUACAAUCUCACAAAGUAGUUUUUAUCGAAUCGAUCGAGUCAAAUUUGUCUACAUGAAACAAUGACACUCUAUUCGACAUUCAAGCGUGUGACAUUCAUAACAUAUGGGGGAUUUGUAUGUAUAUAUCUUCAAUU